AUGUCGUCUCAGCAGAUGUUCUACAGAAUAAAGCAGCUAAGAUCCACCAUCGGCAUGCCACCUUUGGUUCGCAAGAAUAUUGCCGCCUUGGGCUUGAAGAGAAGAAACCACGUGGUUUACCAGGCAGUUUCUGCUGCCACUGCUCACAGACUCAGAGUUGUUAAGGAGUUGGUUUCCAUUGAUUUGUUGGAUGCCGCUGAUGUUGACAGCCACAAGGCCACGGAUAAGCAAACUUUUCCUGCUGGUUUUGCCAAGGUGGGAGAGUUGUAA